CCAGAAUGCAUUGCACCACAAACUACACGCGCGAACAAUGUACACUGAAGUGAAUUAUUGGCGAAAUAGCGCAAUUUAAACCCGUUACCAUAUAAAAAGCAGAAUCUUGGAGCUAAAGAAGCCAGUAAUGACCACAAGCAACAACUCUACAGUUCUUAAAGAUGUUGUUGCCUAUGUUGAUGUGUGGUCAUCUGACAAAAUGGCAAACUAUGCAAAACCAUUUGCUCAGCAGCUGCAGGAAAUGGGAGCUCAGGUAUCCAAAACAUUCAAUAAACAAGUCACACAUGUAGUUUUCAACAACGGCCAUCCAGCUACAUGGAGGAAAGCCAAGAAAAGCAAUGUCCGGCUUGUCUCUGUUCUGUGGGUUGGCAGGUGUUAUGACGAUGGUGUACAUGUGGAUGAGGAGUUAUAUCCAGCCUUAAAUGAUGAAAGCAAUCCUGUAAUGAAGAACAAGAAACAUCGUUGCAUGCAGCCAAAAGAUUCUCCAGAGAAGACACCUGAAAAUGACAGGCGUAUGAAGAAAAAAUUAGACAAACUGAUGAAACAACUUGCUCCGAAAGAACCUCUGGUUACAGACGUGUCACCCAUCAUUAUUGACGAGGAGAACGGAAUAGUCUAUAGCCCUGCAUUGAAAAGGUCAGAUUAUAUGGCACAGCGUUUGAAAGACAUGAAAGACAAACGGGAAAACCUUUCACCCACAGCUUCACAAAUGAUUGAAUCCUGCUCACCUGUGGGGCUAAAGCCUUCUCUUGGGAGUACACCAACGGUCUUCAAAUUAAUGUAUGAGCAGUCAGAUGAGGAUUCCAGUGCUUCUGUUGCUGAGCUUGGUUACUCACCUGAUAAGGAAGAGGGGAGAACUCACCUUGAUGUUAGAGACCACGACCAUCUUGAUCAGUCCUACAGGAAAGACUCUAUGAAGCCCUGGCUAUCACCCUGCAAUGACGUGCCAAAACGAAUUUCUAGUGUAAAAGACUGUUCUGACUUGGAGGACAAAGAGGAUGAAGAAGGGAAUAAACUAAAAAAGUCCAGAAGAACCUCAGUCAGAAAAAAGGCAGCAGAGAAACCUAAAUCUGUAGAUUUUUUAGAAGUUCCCUGCCAGGACAGAAGAUCUGACAACGGCAAGAAACUUGAAAGGGAAAGAAGGCAAUCAGAGGCAAAAUCAUCGAGCACAUCAACUAAUAAGUCUGUAAAGGGGAAGCAAAAAAUUACAGCAACUAAAUCCUUUACUGAAAGUGAAUCCCAUAUUUAUUCUGACACUGUGAAUUCUUCUACUUCAUCAGCAUCAGUGUUAGAUGAUGUUGCAGCUAAAACUGUUCCAUUACAGAAAAUGGGACACAAAACUCCUAAACGAGCCAGACAGUCUUUUUCUGCCUUGGUGCAGUCUUUCUCUGGUGAAUCUAAAAGUGUUGCCUCAUGUUCUACUGAUGGAGAUGAUGAUGUGUUUGAGGACUUUUUCUCUCCAGCUAAUCACAAACAGAAAUCAAAAAGAGCUCUUUUGCCUGAUCUACCUGUGGAGAGCGACAUUCAGAUACCCUUUGACUUGGACCCUGUCCCUACGAAAAGAAAACAAAGAAGAAGUGAAAGCUUUGGAUCUGAAACCAGUGAUAAAAAGAAGAGGAAACUGGAAGACAGUCAGAGUGGCAAACAUCUCAAUCAGCAGUCUGAUGCAAGCAGUGAGUCUCAAAGUCGUCAAAAACAGGAUGUCAAAGAAUCUCUGCCUGCAUUGGAUUGUGCUGAUGAAACUCUAAGAAGUAAAGGGCGAAGACAAAGCAGUUUGGCAUUUACACGCACCAGUAAAUCUACAAGUGACACUGUAAAGCAGAGAGCAGCAUCGACACCAGUGCUACCAACAGUGUUAACAGAGGAGAACACAGACUUGGAGAUGCAGAAAAACUCUGAUUUUGAUGUUCUUUCACACACCUUAGGAAGAAAUGAAUGUAGAGUUGCAGCUGGUUUCACAGAGAUCCAGUCUGAAGCCGAAGAAAAUCACAAUAAAGACAGCUGGAGUCUUCAGAAAAUGGUUAACAAAACAAAGACCAUGAGAACGCUGGUCAUGACAAGCAUGCCCACUGAGAAGCAGCACACAGUCACUCAGGUGGUAAAAGCACUGGGUGGUUUUUCAAUCGUGGACAGAGUUUGUGAGAGCACAACUCAUGUGGUGUCUGGGGGACACAGACGGACUCUCAAUAUUCUGUUGGGCAUAGCUCGUGGCUGCUGGAUCCUCUCCUUUGAAUGGAUUCUAUGGAGUUUGGAGCAAAGGCAAUGGAUUCCAGAGGAACCUUAUGAACUUUCAGACCAGUUUCCUGCAGCACAGAUCUGUCGUCUCCAGAGGCACCUGUCUGCCGGGGAGCACCAGCAGGACCUGUUCCAAGGCCAGCCAGCCAUGUUUGUGUCCCAGCAUUCCCAGCCGCCCACUCAGAGUCUGGUGGAGCUGAUUGAGCUCUGUGGAGGAACAGUUUGCAGAAGUGUGCGGCAGGCCGGCAUCUGCAUAGGGAAGUACAGCGGCAGGAGACCAGAGGGAAGCAGGAUCCUGUCUGAGCAGUGGGUGCUGGAUAGUAUCACACAUUUGAAGAAACUGUCAUAUGAUAACUACGACUUGGAGUGACAGCUGCUGGAUGUUUAUUUGAACUGUGAAGUUUAGUUCUAUGAAUAUUAUCCUGGACAAUACCUGAUCAUACAGCACACCCUCAUUCCAGCCACACAGUGUUCCUCUUGUGCAGGUUCAUCAAUUUGCUUUGCAAAUGUGUUCAGAGGUUUUACAUAAAUUCUCACAAACAGUCUAAUUUCUAAGACUUUUAGUCCCUGGUUGCUAUGGAAACCUGUUACUUCACAGGACUACCGGUCGAAAUUUAUGGUGAAAUGUGGAAAAUGGUUUUGGCAAUCUGUGUUUUGAUCCCUUACCAUUUGCAUUUCUUUUUAUAAAGUAGCAACCACUACUGUGUCAUGGUUUUCACACAGCACUGUUUCUAAUUCAUAACACUGUGAAAAAUCACAUCGAGGUACUUGCUGAGCCAGUUCAACAUGUGUAACAUUGUAAUGGACGUUGAAUUUUGUAUCCUUAUAGAAAUGUUGUGUGAUGUAAUUUUUAAUAAAAACAAACUCCG